ACUCUCACAGCGCCACUCCUCCCCACGACCUUCCCCCUCUCACAGCCUCACUGCUCCCUCUUUUACUCCGCUGCCCGGCAGCCCCCUCCCCAAAACCCGCGGCUGAUGAUUAGCUGAGAGCCAUGGCGUCCCUGGUGCAGCACGGCAAGAGCAGAGCCGCCGCCGCCGCAGCAGCAGCGUGGGAGAGGAAGCCGAGGCACGGAGCGAGGGCCGCGGCCAGGAGCCCCGGCAAGCCGGAGCUCGGGCGCAGGCAGCUUGCCGGCAGGCUGCUGCUCGCGGCGUGCCUCCUCGCCCCGGUGCUCUGCAUCUGCGCGGCCAGGCUCCUCUCGCCGCUGUCGUCACGGGUCUCGUCUGGCGAUGGAGUUUAUCUGGCCGAGGGAAACCAUGUUAGCUCUGAUGAUGCUGGAGCAGGGGCUGGAGCUCUGAGCUCCUUGCAGCGGGGCACUGUGGAUGGACAUGGACCUCCAGGGCCUAUUGCUCCGAUUCCUGCAAGAUUUGGUACUGAUCCUGUCAGAAGUUCGCCAGAAUUAGAUAAAGAAGUUAAAAGCAGCAAUCCCGAGAAUCGAACGGAUUUGGAUAAUAAAUCAGGUAUUGAAGGGGAGACUGUAUCCUCAGCAAAGUCUGGUUUCCCUCCUGAAAACUCUCUCAUGAAUUUUCGACAAUCAGCCGCAUAUAUUGAAGUCCCAAAGCCUAAGAGUAAGGUAUAUUGUGAUGACAAGAGUAAAGAUGAAGGCUUCCCUUAUGCAAGGCCAACCAUCUGCCAAAUGUCUGGUGAUGUGCGAGUUUCUCCAGGAAGUUCAUCAAUUGCUCUUACUAUGCCAAUGCAACAAAGCGUUGAAGGCCUACAUGUUAUGCCAUAUGCUCGCCGUGACGAUUCCUUGCUACCUCUUGUAACAGAAGUGGGCAUCAGAGCAGCUGCAAGUGAAAAUGAUGCUCCCAAAUGCAGCAUUAGCCACGAUGUCCCUGCAGUUAUCUUCUCCAUUGGUGGCUAUACUGGAAAUUUCUUCCAUGACAUGUCAGAUGUGCUGAUCCCACUAUAUCUUACUUCCUUUCGGUUCAAAGGGCGGGUAAAAUUCUUCAUUACCAAUUACAAGCAGUGGUGGAUUCAGAAGUACAAACCGAUGCUGCGGAGGUUAUCGCAUUAUGACAUAAUUGAUUUUGACUCAAACAAGGAUGUCCACUGCUUUCAGGAAGUAAUUCUUGGUCUUGUGAGAGAUAGGGAUCUCAUCCUUCGGCCGCAUCCAACGAGAAACCCAAAGGGGUACUCAAUGCUUGACUUCACAAGAUUCUUGCGCCACUCUUAUGGCCUCAAAAGAUCCAGAUCAUUAGUCCUUGGUGAAGAGCCCGGCAAGAAACCAAGGAUGCUGAUCAUAUCAAGGCGAGGCACAAGGAAGCUCCUGAACCUUCGUCAAGUGGCAGCCAUAUCAAGGGCGCUAGGCUUUGACGUGACCAUCUCUGAAGCCAGGGGAAACUUGAAGAGGUUUGCAACAAUGGUGAACUCGUGUGACGUGUUCCUAGCUGUCCAUGGCGCCGGCCUCACCAACCAGAUCUUCCUCCCAGCACAGGCGGUGGUGAUUCAGAUAGUUCCAUGGGGGAAGAUGGAUUGGAUGGCCACCAACUUCUAUGGGGAGCCUGCUCGCGGCAUGAACCUGAGGUACUUGGAGUACCACAUCUCUGAACAAGAGAGCAGCCUUGCUCAGAGGUACCCCAGAGACCACAUGGUGUUUAAGGACCCCAUGGCAAUCCAUGGUCAAGGAUGGAAUGCAUUGGCAGACAUUUUCAUGACACAGGAUGUGAAGCUCAAUCUCAGGAGAUUCAGACCUACACUUUUACAGGCCCUGGAUCUUCUUCAGUUGUAGUGUGACAGAAAGGUGCCAGUUCUGUAUUCUUUCUUGUACCAUAUGUAGUCAUUCUUUGUCAGUUAAUUCUUUUUUGUCCUAACACAAAGUUCAUAUAAUUGUAACUUCUGUUGUGCUAAUGAAUGAUGGUGCAGCACGGCAAGUCAGUAAAACAGUCAGGUUGGCACAAUAGGAAAUGUGGGAGUAAAACAUAGUUGAAGUUGUACCUUAUGUUAGUUAUUGAUUGGUUACUGAACUCA